UUAAGGUCAAUAACAACAACAAUAAGCGAUCAAUUUUGCCGUGAGAAAAUAGAGAUUCAGAUCCAGGAAGAAGCAAGGGAAGAACGAAGGAAAGAGAUGGGAAUCAGAUUCAUAUUAAUGGUGAACAAGCAAGGGCAGACCCGUCUCGCCCAGUACUACGAAUGGCUCACCCUAGAAGAACGACGUGCCCUCGAAGGCGAGAUCGUUCGCAAGUGCUUGGCCCGCAACGAGCAACAGUGUUCAUUUGUUGAGCAUCGGAAUUACAAAAUUGUGUACAGGCGAUAUGCUUCGCUGUUUUUCUUAGUUGGAGUUGACAAUGAUGAAAAUGAGCUUGCAAUUUUGGAAUUUAUACAUCUCUUAGUUGAAACCAUGGACCGCCAUUUUGGCAAUGUUUGUGAGCUGGAUAUCAUGUUCCAUUUAGAGAAGGCACAUUUCAUGCUGGAGGAAAUGGUUAUGAAUGGUUCUAUUGUUGAGACAAGCAAGGCUAAUAUUCUAUCUCCAAUUCAGCUCAUGGAGAAAGCAUCAUGAGGAGCGAAAAGGGGUUAGUUAAUUUCUUGAUUGAAUAUCAUGAUUUUCUUUGAGAAUCCUGGCGUGUUGUUUGUUAUUUUCUCCAUGUUUCUUUGUUUCUUUUAUUCUCCCUUUCAUUUUCUACGUACUUCAAUGUUCAAAGUUUAGCAAGUUGUACAACAAGCUAAAUGUAAAACAAACCAUUAAUAAUCUUCUCCUUAUUGAAUCAUAUGCAAUGUUUGCCUGUGCUUUAGCACUAUUGUAGAGGUGGCUUAGUGACAUUUGAAUUUUACUAUGUUGAAAUUGGAAGAAAAUAUGAAUUUACACCCUA